GCGAUGAGGCGUCAAACUUCAGGAGAAGCAGCAGGACCGGUGUCUCACCACCAAGAGCCAGGACUGGUGAGGAUCACGGCAGAACGGAGAUUUUGGGAUAAACUCAAACUGAUCCCCGCCGAGAACAAUGAGAUUAAUGAUUUUUGUAUGACUUGUCAGGUUACCACUGUGACAGUUUUUGAUGUUAUUCAGAAAACAAGAUUCAGAUCUGGGCUGUGCUGGACUUGGUCACUUUGAUUUGUUUGCUCAGAGAUCAAGUGGCAGAAAGAGGGACAUGACACGUUUUGUUUUGUGCUUGAAAUAAACGAAUACAGCCAUAUUAUUUAGUCAAUAAGUUGAAAAAAAGGGAUCCUUAAUUUUUUUUUUGCACUAUGAUGGAACCACCACCAUGUUCGAAGAAGAGCCUGUCCCUGUCGCUCCCGGUUCCCCGGGAAGGACAGGCGACUCUGAAGCCUCCGCAGCAUCUUUGGAGACAACCCCGGACCCCGAUUAAAAUCAAACAUCGGGGGUACUCCGACACCGACCGGCAUCACCACCGGCACAUGGAGCGCUCCGACGCCGUGGAUACGAGCGACCGACCGGGACUGAAAAAGUCUCGGAUGUCCUGGCCAUCCUCCUUCCACGGGACCACAAACACAUCCAUCGGAAAUUGUGUCGGGAAUAAACGCUUCGAUUCAGAGAAUGGUCCCUCACCAGGCCGCAGUCCCAUGGAUUCGCAGGCGAGUCCCGGGUUGGUGCUCCAUCCUUCUUUUCCCCAGAGCCAACGCAGGGAGUCCUUCCUGUACCGCUCCGACUCAGACUACGACACAUCCCCCAAAACCAUGUCACGCAACUCCUCCAUCAACAGUGAGGGGCAUGCCGAAGACAUGAUCGUCACCCCUUUCGCUCAGGUGUUGGCCAGCCUACGAACUGUAAGAAGCAACUUCACCAUCCUCGCCAAUGUCACAACACCCACUAACAAGAGGUCGCCAGUGACAAGCCAACCCACUGUUCCCCAAGCUACACUCUCUGAGGAGACAUACCAGCAGAUGGCUCGGGAGACUCUGGAGGAGCUGGACUGGUGUCUGGACCAGUUGGAGACCAUUCAGACCCACCGCUCAGUCAGCGAGAUGGCCUCCAACAAGUUCAAGAGGAUGUUGAACAGGGAGCUGUCCCAUUUGUCAGAGAUGAGUCGCUCAGGGAACCAAGUGUCAGAAUACAUCUCCACUACCUUUCUAGACAAGCAGAACGAGGUGGAGAUCCCAUCUCCAACCUUGAGGGAGAGGGAGAAGCCCAUGUGUCACAUCAGCGGUGUCAAGAAGCUCACGCACAGUUCCAGCCUUUCCAACUCCACCAUGCCUCGCUUCGGCGUGAAGACUGAACAUGAGGAUGCGUUAGCCAGGGAGCUGAACGACUUGAACAAGUGGGGCCUUAAUAUCUUUCGUGUGGCAGAGUUCUCAAACAAUCGACCCCUCAGCUGCAUAAUGUUUGCCAUCUUCCAGGAAAGAGAUCUACUGAAGACCUUUCGGAUCCCUGUGGAUACGUUUGUCACGUAUGUGAUGACCCUGGAGGACCACUACCAUGCCAAUGUGGCCUACCACAACAGCCUCCACGCUGCAGAUGUCACUCAGUCUACUCACGUACUGCUAUCCACACCAGCUCUAGAUGCUGUAUUCACUGAUCUAGAGAUUCUAGCUGCGUUAUUUGCUGCUGCCAUCCAUGAUGUGGACCAUCCGGGAGUGUCCAACCAAUUCCUCAUAAACACCAACUCAGAGUUAGCCCUGAUGUAUAACGAUGAGUCUGUGUUGGAGAACCAUCACCUGGCUGUGGGUUUCAAGCUGCUGCACGAGGACAACUGUGACAUCUUCCAGAACCUUAGCAAGAGGCAAAGACAGAGCCUGAGGAAACUUGUCAUUGAUAUGGUUUUGGCAACAGAUAUGUCUAAGCACAUGAGUUUGCUGGCAGACCUCAAGACUAUGGUAGAAACCAAGAAAGUGACAAGUUCUGGAGUACUGCUGCUCGACCACUACACUGAUCGGAUACAGGUGUUAAGGAACAUGGUGCACUGUGCUGACCUGAGCAAUCCUACGAAGCCUUUGGCUGUGUAUCGACAAUGGACGGAGAGAAUCAUGGAGGAGUUCUUCAGGCAGGGAGAUAAGGAGAGAGAGCGAGGGAUGGAGAUCAGUCCCAUGUGUGAUAAACACACUGCCUCUGUGGAAAAAAGUCAGGUGGGCUUUAUUGACUACAUUGUCCACCCGCUGUGGGAGACGUGGGGGGACCUUGUGCACCCUGAUGCCCAGGACAUCCUGGACACUCUGGAGGACAACAGGGACUGGUACCAGAGCACUAUCCCACAAAGCCCCUCACCACCUCCUGUGGGCCAGGACAAGGAGCUAAACGCCUGCAUAGACAAGUUUCAGUUCGAGCUCACCCUCGAAGAGAGCUCUCAAAGAGAACCGGAAGACGAGGGUGACAAGCCCACGCCAAACCAUGUGGCACUGCAGGACUGCAGUCACGGGGAUGAGGAGGGUAAAAAGGAGGAAGAGGAAGACAUAAUGGCGGAGGAGGAAAAUGAGGACAUAAUAGAAGAGGAGGACGAGGUGGCAAUGGAGGAAGAGGUGGAGGAGGAGCUGAAAGCUCCGUUGGGUGGAGAGCCUGAAAAGGACAGACUUUCUGACACAAGUCCUGUAGAAGAAGAGGAAGAUUCUUCUUCACAAGCUGAAGAUACAUGAGUUCUGCUCCUGUAUCUCCCUCCUCACUUGCACACAUUAUCUUGUUCAUCCUUUCAAUGGCCAAACCAAGAACAAAUAAGACUGCAAUGACAAUACAGACCUUUAAAUAUAUUUUUCAAAAAGGGAAUAAAUUAAAAUCGCUUAAAGAGAAGUUAAUUACACAGCAACUGUAGAUUUGGAGUGGUGACAAGUCCUUCGACUGAUUUCACAAUGAACUUUAGACUAAGAGGAAUUUAGAAGAGCUUUUAAUGAUGGGCAACUGAAGACAGCGUAGCACUCUGGGACUGGAAUGCACACACAUAAACACACAUGAAGUGACACAGAAAAAACGAAAGCAGGAGCAAGUCAUGUAGAACACCAAUGCAAUGCGUGUAUGUGCAUGCAGCAGUCAUGCAAUACAAUUGCAGUUCAUAUUUUCCCCGUCCUCUUUUGGAAAAUGCACAGACACACACACACACACACACGCACACAACACUCACAGACACACACUUGACUGUAUGUUUGUAUGUGUGCAUUUACAUGAGGGACACUGAUCAGUAAUGAAUCUCUUUGGAAAAAGCCAUCCCUUAAUGGAGUAUUAACUAGUGUUCAGUCAGUAUUAGUAAUUCAUGUUUGUUAGAAUCUCAAUAGAAACUGUUCUCCUCAGAAAAGCUACACGUUCGAGUGACUUUUUUUCCAUUUCUGUCGGAAAGAAAAAUAAGAAAAUCCACAGAGUUGGAGGAGGAGAGAGAGAGGAAGAUAUCGAAGGAAAGGAAGAUGCUGCGAUGAAGGGACCAUCGGGUCCCAUACCACUUUUCCCUUUACAAGGAGAGUGCUACUGGUGCAAGAUGGCUCUGUGCCUUUCUGAAACACCAGCUUCCUGAAUGGAGCUGUCGUGAAGCAAUGCAUUGUGGGACAGGAGUGUCUGAUUUUGUUAUCAUUUUUGAUUGUCUCUUGUUAAAGAUCUCUCUUUACUGUUCAUGGUAUUGUGGUGUGUAUCUCACACGUACAGUUUCUGUGGUGAUAUGUUUUUCAGCUGUAAGUCUUCCUUUGUUGCUCUUCUGGUAAUAUAAUAACUCAGAACUCUAGACGCAGAGCAAUCACUACCACCACCACAGCCACCAGUGGACUCUUUCAAGCUUAUGGUUUUUUUUCUUAUUAGAAUGAUUUUUUUUUUUUUUUUUUUAACUUUCUGAGAAUAAGCCAUGUGAUGCUUUGAAGCAUACAUUUUGCCUAUUUUAUAUUUAACAGUUGCUAAAUAUGUUGAAGGGAUACCGAAUUAUUUCAUCAGCAGAACAAAUUUUCAUUUGCCAUCUCACACCCACUUGCACUGUGUGUUUAUGUCUCCUCAUACACAACAAUUCUCGCCAAAGUAAGGGAUGAGAAACUUCAGUGGGUGAAGUGAUUUGAAGAAACACAGAUGAGUAAGAAAAAUCAGGGAGGCAGAAUGUCAGGGGAAAGAAGCGUGACUUGGCCAAAAGGAGGUCUGGCAGUCCCUAAUCAUCCUUGUUAUGUUUGAUGCUUUUUUGCCUUAAUGUCAGAUGCAGGAUACAUACCUGCCAGUAUGUAGAUUUAUAAGAUAUAUAAUAGAUAUCCUAGUAUAUUUAUAUCACGUCUGUAUGCUUAUUUCUGUGAGUUUCAGUGUGUCUAUACACAAUGUAUCCAGCAUUGCAUUUGGAGGGGAAAGGGAAACAUUGCUGCCAAUUAGUUGUUCUGUUGUUGCUGUGCUCGGACCAACGUAAAGAAUGUGUUGUUUUUUUUAAUCAGGACGGCUACAUGACUAUCUUAUAGCUAUCUGGAGGCACUCUGAGAAAAUAAGAGACUGGAGUUAAGAUUAUGCAGGAGUUUAGAAUAAAUAAGGAUGUCCUUUGUUAAAAUCUGACCACAUACUGAGUUAUGGACAUGAUGGAGUUGAUGCGUGUGUGUGUGUGUGUGUGUGUGUUUGCAUGACCGAUUGUGUGGUCAUGAGUGUGCGAGUGAGAAACAGUAGGAGAGAGCAGGAUGUUAAAGAUGUCAUCAUACGUGUCAUUGUUCGCUCACUGGCAUCAACACACCUUGUUGAACGGCAUUCAGGAUUCAAUCAGCACAGCUUCAAUUGGUCAUAGUUUGCUUAGGUGUUUGUUUUUCACAGGGUAAAAAAAUAAAAAAUGACAAAAGAACACAACUGUGGUUCUUUUGGUGGUAAGAGCAAGUUUCUGCAGGUCAGUAACUGAGCUUAUCUGAAGACACCACUGCUUGGUGCAGCAGGAGCCUGUGUGUUUGACCUGCUCUGUCGCAGGAUGGAGCAGAGCUGCGGGGCCACCACACAGGCUUUUCAUCUGAUGGAAUGGGAAUCCAGGAUUACUAUUGCAUUUACUUAAAUAAAAGAUUCCCAUAUGCAUUGGC